UUUAUUGCGUCGGUCUAUCAGGAAGGGAUUGUUAGUUUCCGGUGGUUCAUUUUUGGUAAAAAUCCACGCGGACUCUCCACAUACAAUAUUUAACUGUUUAUGGAGGGUCAUUUAACGUUAUUGUAUAUCCCCGCCUGGACAUAUAUAAAUACAUAGUUUUCGUUUCUGUUCGGACUUUUGUGACCAUGGUCGCCGAGGACAUGUGAGAGGGCUGGACUGUAGUGCAACAUGGCUCGUCAAAGUAGCACUGCAAUCUCCCGCACUGCUCCGAUGCUGGCAAUUUGCCUUGCAGCUUUACUCCUCAGCAACAUCUUGAUCUACCUGUAUUUGGACUCUGUGUACCAGUCUGAUGGCCAACAGGUAACUGUGCAUGUCGGCUGCGCGGCUCAACACUUUAAAAUGACAACAAUGAAGAACUGCACCCCCUGGCUCCAAUGUUCCCUGAUAGAAACAGAAGUUUACAAGUUGAAGCUCAUUGGCCAAGGAGCAGUGAAAAAGGUCUAUUUAGCAGAAUGGAAGGGUCAAAAGGUGGCUCUGUCCAAACUGUCCUCUUUGGAUUACUCUGAGGAUUUUCUCCACGGAUUGUCUAUGUUAAAAGCACUGCAAGGUCCCUGGGUGGUCCAGUUGGUGGGGUUUUGCCUUAAAGACUAUACCUUGGUCACAGAAUACCAUCCACUGGGUUCACCGCUCAAUUUGGAAGUUGUUCUUGCACAGAAACACCACAAACAUCGUAACACUUGGAAGACACGACUGAUGCUGGCGAAAGACUACGUCUCUAUCCUCCAUUACCUCCACAACAGCCCAAGUGGCCGGCGGGUGAUGUGUGACUCCAAUACGCUGGAGAAAACUUUGUCUCAGUUUCUGCUCACAAAUGACUUUCACCUGGUGGUGAAUGACCUGGAUGCAUUGCCUGAGGUAAACCUAGCCAAUGGUUUGUUGGUCAAAUGUGGCCACAGGGAGCUCAUCGGUGACUUUGUAGCCCCUGAGCAGUUGUGGCCAUUUAGAAACACCGGGGAGCCUUUUUCAGAUGAUGUUAUGCAUAAAUAUGAUGAAAAGACAGAUAUUUGGAAGAUCCCAGAUGUGACACAGUUCUUGAUAGGAAAAGUGCCUGGGGGAGACUUGAUCCACUUCCAUCUUUUUCAGAUCCACAAGGAGUGUAAGGCAAAAGACCCUAAACUCCGCCCUUCAGCCCUGAAUGUAUUGAUGGUCUACAAGUCAGUUUUCAGCAGCAUGGUCCAAGACAAUGUUGGGUUUAGAGACAUGCUUUAAAAUCAAACACAAUUUUUUAAAUAAAAUCAAUAAUGAAACAUACCGGUAGAUGUUUUUAUGUGAAGUAGAAUACAGAAUGAAGUAGAAUACAACAUUUUUACAAAUUUUCUUUUUUGAAACACACCCACAUAAGAUGGUCAUCAUGACAAUGUCAUUGGAAUAUACUAUUUUUUUAAGUUUGGCAAUAAAUCUGUAUUUUUUUUAAUACA